AUGAAGUCGGACCGCCACGGAUCCUUGCAGCCAGCCGACCUGACGCCGCUGGCCCCGCCUUCGGAUGGCGGCUUCGAGAGCAUUCAGACUUCGAACAGUGAACCUAGCCUCUGUGGAACGGCAUCCGGUCUGGCACGUUUCGAACGCAUGCUCACACGCAGGGUGCUGGCUUUGCCCAGGGAAGCGCUAGAGCGUUGCUCAAGCCGCGGCCUUGCCAACCAAAUGGAGACCACGGACGUCACGCGCCAAAGCUGCGCAGUGGGAAAAAAAGUACACCUGCCGUGCGACGGGGGUGUUUCUGCAGCCACCGCGUUGAAGCAGUCUGAGUUGAAACUGGAUGCGGCCACACACAGCGUCGGAGCCAGGCAGCAUCACGAAAGAGCCGUGGCGCCCGUGAAGAGUACCAUCUUCGUAUCCAACUUCAACCAGGCGAUGCCGCAAGAUGACCUCGUGGAACGCCCCAUGCAGGAUUUCCGCGCGUGCAAGCCCUGCAGAGGCCAUGACCUAGGCGCCGAACGUGGUCGAAGCCAGACACGCAGCCAAAGAACCUUUUUUUUUUUCGGCGGCGCGAAAGGCAACAGGCCAGGGAAGGAAGGUGUUAAGUUCGGUUGGGGUCGGUCAGUGGUGGGUUGUGCUGUGAGGUAUGGCAUGUGUGGGUUGAGGUUUUGGGGUUGGUGGGUGAGGGUUGGUCAGUGGUGGUUGGUGCUUUUGGGUUUGGAGUUGGUGGGUUGGGGUUGGUCGGUCGUGGUUUGCCGCCAGGGCAGUGUGGUUGUCCACACUAUUCGGGUUCAAGAGAGCUGGGUCUUCGAAGGGUUGCGACUGGAGAGCUUUGCUGGCAACAAGUUGCCUUCAGACAUGCAAACUUUUUGCGAUUCAUGCGCGUGUCCGAAGCAGUUGGAAGCCGAAGCCAUUUGCUCAAGUGUGGAUGCUGGAAUCAUCGUGCGAUUGGCCUACAAGCAGCAUUGGAUACCAUGGCACGAGGUUAUUUCCACUGGUGCUAUUUACCACUUUUACGUGGCAGAUGCACAGAUUUUCGAGCACCUGACCAACCUGGCCUUUGCCACUGAUAACUAUCUGAGUCUUGUAGCAGCAGGUGUUCCCUUGGCUCUUCGAGAAGAAACCGUGCUGAUUAUUCACACUAUCCCCAUGAUGCGCCUCAUGGAGUUAGCGGCUGAGUCGGCGAGUCGUAUUCGCGACUUAGAACUCCGCUUGGCUGAUGCUGAACAUUCAAUCGCUUUGAUUCGCCAAAAUCUUGGCUUGCUCAGUUGUGUUAGUGGUCAGAGCUUUUUUCACGCGUGUUUUGGGCAGCAACAGUCCUCCAUGACCCCAUUGUGUGCGCGUGCCUUUGAAGUAUUCGGCGAGCUUGUCCCGCAGUUGCUGCACGGAGGGAUUGUGUUUCAAGUCGCUUGCCUUUCCGCUUCUUUUCGGGACAUGGUGAGUGGCCAGCUGAAAAAGCUUCAACUGGUGUGCGACGAACUGGAAGUUGCAGCAAUUCGGCUGGCGGCGUUUUCCCUGCCUGGGUUUGCACCCAAGGACAAAGUGCAAAGCAGUCUGAGCUACAUUCCUUGGUGGGAGCCGCCGAAUCACCCAAAGUUGGGCUUGAAAGUCAUGGCGUUGAUGGAUGGAUGCUUUGGGUAUUACUUUGGUCGUGGCAAUGGUUUUAGCCGGUGGCAAGAGAAGCCGGCGAGUUUGAAUGAAGCAAACCCAUUGGACAUGGUGAAGCUACUCAACACGCAGGAGCAAAGCAAUGAGACCUUUCAGCAACUUCUACAACUGCUCCGAGAAGGACAAGCAGAUUACUUGUAUUCGCCUGUUGUCCAAGAUCCUGCAAUGGAAGCCUUGGUUGGACCAGAGCAUUGCCGUGGAGCAGGGCUCGUGCUGGCGGUACGCUACCGCACCAUCCAAGCCGCCUUGUGUUUCCAAUUUGCACACGCGAUCAAAUUUCUUGACCAAGCGAGGGCGCAGCCGCUGCAGCAGAUCCUUUCCAUUGACACAGAAGCAUUGGUGUUCAAAUAUGUCGACAUCUUGAGUUUGUUGCCUUGCGUGGCAGUGUCGCGUGAAUUUCUACCCGCGCAGCUGGCUGAAUAUUACAUCGAAUUGGUAGAUGCCUUUUGGGCAACAGAGGACGACUUUUGGACGGUAGACGAUACUUUGCCACUUGGUGUACCUGAACAUCCAAGCACGUCCAAGCCCGCAUCAAUAAGCAGGGGGGCAGCAGGCCAAUACUUUUGCAUGGCAGCAAAAGAGCUUUUGAACAACAUCGCGCAACACUUUGUUGAUGCAGACGAUACCUUUCUGACUCUUCCUGGCAUGGCUUCAGUGUCAACUUUGCAAACUUACAUUUUGAAUUUCCAAACUUGCGUCGAUUGCACGGUGGCAGGCGGUCGGAGAAUGGCAGGCUUAGAUCCCAGGGUAGCACCUCAAACUUCCGCGGCGUCUGACACACAGUGGCUCCGGUCCCUGGAACGGUGCAACCGGGACAAUGAUGACAUCGACAUGUUGGUUUGGCUUCUGGGUAAGGGGGCAUGGUGUCGAGAGCACUAUCCCGCUGAUUGGGAUGAUGCAAACACUGGUGUGACCAUCCUACACUUUGUUGUGUACGGAGUAGUUGGGACCUUGAUCCUGGCAGAAUAUUGGAACCAAAGCAACAGUGAUAGCGCAUACCCUGAUUCUCCGCAAAGCACUUUGGAAUCCCCACCCACUGAUGCGACAGGAACACCUUCGCCCAGUGCGUUAGAGGUCAAGGUCGUGGGAAAUGCCAUCGCACAGCGCGGCACUUGUUGCAGAGACAGCGAAGAGGUGGAGCCACAGCGCACCACAAGCGUGCGUGACAACGGAUCACACAAUGUAGUUGUGCCCCAAUGUCAGCCGAUUCCCGGUCCCAAGAUGGUGUUGUAUUGCUCUGAUUGCUCUGCCUUAGAUGGUGCGGCAGUUGCUCUUCGCAGACUCCGUCCCUACAUGGCACAUGUCUUUGGAAGUGAAAGUGCGCCAAGUCACCGUUCAGCCUUUGCAGUGUUGCAUCCCAGAUGUGAAAAGCUGUACAAUGACCUACUAGAACGAGAGAAUUGGAUGCUGCAGGGUGACCUGCCGCAUUCGCCACUCAUUUCCUUGGUGUAUGCAGCAAACUGCACAGCCCAUGCUAUGGUUGAAGCCGGGAAGGCAACACCAGCAAUGGGGCAAAUUUGCGAUACGAUCAAGCAACUGUACCCAGACAUCUUUCUACUGGAGCUGGGCCCAGAAUUGAUGGAGAGCAAGCUGCUCCGCACGCCGGCCCAAAGAUUUUUGCGUGCUUUGGUCGAAUUGCGGGAUUUUGCCUACUACGUGGAUUUUCGACUGCUGGAUAGUUUGGAGGUUGGAGAGGUGCCCGCCACGCGGCAGAGAAUGUAUGUGGUUGGCGUCAGAAAGUGCCAGCUUCUAAUUCUACAACCAUGGCAGUGGCCGGAGACAUGCCCAGCACCGAAGUUAUCCCAAUUCCUGGAGCCUAGGUCGAAACAAGCACGCCGCAUGUCCAGACCUUUGAGUGGCAUCGCGCAGCAAAAUCUUGCACGAGCCAUGAAAGCAAUCAAGAAGGCUGAGCGAAGCGCAAAACCCAGCAAGGAAUGUUUUGUGGUGGACCUGGGAACUUCCCUGGACAGACGUGUUCGGUGGGCGAAGGAAAGAGUGCCGAACAUGAGCCACCAGCAUUUGAAAAGCAUGUGGGUGACGCACCUCAAAGACACUAUGACUCCAAUGGAACUUCUGAAGUGCCAGGGUUUCCGCCCAGAAGAGGUGGAAAAGGUGCCGCAUGGAGAAAGGUACUUCAAGAAGAAGAAGAAGAAGAAGAAGGACGAAUUUGCAUGGGACCAGCAGCGAGCUGCCGGCCUGUACUUGAGAGCUUUGGAAUACUUGUGGCAUGGACUUAGGCAGACCGAUGCGGAUGCCGCGGUCAUAGAAAGCGCCUGUGUGCCUGAGUCAGACAAUGAACUCAACAUGCAUCGGCAGUAUCUGCACCGGAAAGCGGGCAUAUUCCCCAGAAAACUGGAAGCAGUCACUGAUGCAGAGACGGUGCUGUGGAGUAAAAUUGAAGCAGUGCUGAGCAAGCAACAUGUCCUGGACAGCUUUCAUCAUGGUUCUGUGGUGGAACUUUGGGCCUUAUGCAGAAUCUUUUCGUUUGAAGCAAUCAUUUGGGGUGGGAAAGAAGAUGAGAACAUCGCACCGCAUGUCCAGACCUUUGAGUGGCAUCGCGCACCAAAAUCUUGCAUGAGCCAUGAAAGCAAUCCAGAAGGCUGA